AUGAAACAAAGACUAGACCUAAUUUGUGUCAAUAUUACGAUAAAAUAUAUUACCUUCAUUUUUGUUUUUCAGUUUGUAUUUGCUGUGCUUAUUGUGGCCGCUAGAGCCGGCGUCAUUGGAUUAGGAGGUCAUGGAGUUGCCAUUGCUGCUCCAGUGGCGAUAGCUCAUGGAGCCACCUCAUAUCAGAACAACAAUCAAAUCAGUGUUCAUCCGGUACCAGUGGUGGCCCAAGUCAAGACAAUUGCUCCAAUAGCCGUAGCCCAUGCACCAAUUGCUGUUGCCCAUGCUCCAGUGGCUGUUGGUGUUGGUAUUGGACAUGGAAUUGGUCUCGGACUUCAUUAGAUCUUCAACAAUCGGGAUGAGCAGCACUAUUAACUAAGUUAUUUUAAAUUGUAUUUAUUGACUUUUUGAUAAUAAAGUUCACAAAAGAAUAUAGUUUAUUUCUUUAAAGUUUAAAGUAAUUUGGAAUGUCUUAUAAUGACAGAUAUUAUACCUCACAUAUGUAUUUCCAAAAGUGAA